AUGGUGACUGAAAACGAGUGCGUUUCCUCUAAGAUUGUCUCCAAGGAAGCAUCCGUGGCCAACUCUUCUUGCAGGGUUUACUAUGGAGAAGCUGGUGUUAUCCCAUUCAAGUGGGAGUCACAGCCGGGUACACCCAAGCACAAGUUUUCAGAGUCUUCUCUUCCUCCUCUCACACCUCCUCCGUCCUAUUCCACUACCCGUCCCAGCAGCUUUAAACAUACCCAGCAAAACCCUAGCUCCAAAACAAAGUUUUUAGGCACCAUUCUUUCCAGGCUUAGGUCAUUGAAGAAAAUGCUCAAGGCACCCAACAUGUCAUCGCCAUUGCCAUCGCUAUCACCAUCAUCAUCGUUGUCAUUGGCAUCAUCACCGUUGUCAGCAUCCUACUCAUCAUCUUCAUCGUCAGCGAAUUCUUCAUCAGGUUUGAGAAACAAAAAGGGUCGAAAAAAUCAAUGUUUUUCGGUUUCGAGGAUGCCAUUAGAGAAUAAUUAUGGGGGAGAUUAUUAUGAUCAUCAUCAUCAUCAUCAAAAUUCUGGAUCACCUACUUCAACUUUAUGCUUUGGAGGUAAACGCAAAGGUAAUAUUUCUACUAAUUUUCAUGGGAUCCGAGGCUGCUAG